AGAAAAAAAUCACACUUAGAUGCCAAAAAAAGGAAAACAAUUCUUUUGGAUUACCACAGAAUUGAAUUGGUCUCCAUGGUAACUUGAAAGCGGCUUGGCUCUCUAUGAAGAAGAGGAGACUCUCUGGUCAGACUCAGAGACGGCGAUGAUUCUAAGCCGAUGGGUUUUCUUCAGUUGCAGAAACACGCCGGUGGUUAAGGUUUCCGACCGACAACAUUCGGAGUUUCGUGGUCUCUCCUCUACAACCACUUGUCGCCAAUCUCUCAGAUGCUCUUGUCUCAAAAGCAAAUCUCCACAAGAAACUACGCAGAUUGAACAGUUGGGGAAGGAAGAAGGGUUCUCGGUUUUGGCAUCAGAGAUUCCAUGGGAAGAUAAUAACAUAUGGAGCACAUUUGCUCUUUACAUGUUCUCUCUGCAUAUUCCUCUCAGUUUUGGGGGUUUAUCCAUUGUUGCCAACAUACUCCACCAGCAGGUUCUUGAUCCUCAGACCCAAGUGUUAUCACUUGUGGCUCUCCAAAUGGUAGAACUUGUAGGGACAGUCAUACUGCUGAAGAUCACAGCGAAGCCUCAAUGCAAAUCAAUCGACUUUCUAAAGGGUAACGACUCGAGGGAAGCAAGAAACUGGGUGGUUGGCUCAGCAUUGGGUUUGGGAUGUCUUGUGGGUUUUAUUUUCAUCACGUCUCUUGUAGCUGAUCAACUCUAUGGAUCUAAGGCUGUCCACGGAUCAGAAUUGGAGAAUAUAAUGGUGAAUGGAGGAGAUGUAUCGAGAAGCGGGUGUUUUGCUCUCUACUGCGUCUUAGCUCCCAUCUUGGAAGAGACAGUAUACAGACGCUUCCUACUAACCUCCUUAGCGUCGAAAACGGAAUGGUGGAAGGCACUAGUGAUCAGCUCAGGAGUGUUUGCAGCAGCACACUUCUCAGGUGAGGAUUUUGUGCAGCUGUUUGGGAUAGGGUGCGUUCUGGGGACAUGUUACAGCUGGUCGGGGAACAUAGUCUCGUCAGUUCUCGUCCACUCCUUGUAUAAUGCAUUGACACUUGUCCCUUACGUUACUCUUUUAUCCACGUUCGGAUGACGUAGCAGAGAAGGAAAACAAAAUGGUUCCAAACGAAUCUUCUCUCUCUUUGUUAAGACGAAACAGCGUAUAAACCGUGUCCGUGUGUAUGCAGAAGCUGAUCUGUUCCUCAAAAAGCUUUAAAGAUAGAAUCUUUAUUACUUUAUAGUUAAAUCAAAAGUGUAUUUUGACUAAAACAACAAACAAAGAAGGUUCUAGUUUAUGUUUAUCAGAA